AUGUCGAUUGAAGUGAACGUGAAGCACGCUGGAAAAACGUAUCCUGUCACUGUGGACUUGUCGGAAAAUGGAUUGACGUUUAAACACCAGAUCUACUCGCUGACCAAUGUUCCACCUGAAAGACAGAAGGUGCUGUUGAAAGGUGGCCAAUUGAAGGACGACAGCGAUCUUAAGAGUUUCAAUUUGAAGCCAAACCAGACAAUCAUGGUUUUGGGUUCGGCAGAUGCGCCAGUGGACGCUCCAAAGCAAGACGUCAAGUUUGUGGAAGAUUUAGAUCCUAAAGACCUCAACUUCAAUCCGAAUAAUGAGCCCUCAGGGCUGGUCAAUUUGGGCAACACGUGCUAUCUUAACUCGUCACUUCAGUCGCUGUUUGCGGUAGAAGAGCUAAGAAACCGUUUGGAAAAGUAUACGAAAAACGGUACCGGUGUGGAGCAGAAUCUUGUGUUCCACCUGAAAGAGCUUUUUGAUAAGAUGAGCCAACGCAACAAGAAGAUCACGCCAUUGAACUUUCUUACAACCAUGCGUCUUAGCUUUCCUCAGUUUAGCGAGCGAGAUGAUAGCGGGUUUUACAAGCAACAGGACGCGGAGGAAGCGUACUCCCAGAUCUUGAGUGCUAUUUUGGGGCAGUUUAGUGGAUUGGACCAGUAUUUCAAGAUUGAGUUCAAGACGGCUACUCGUUGUUUGGAAACCUCUGAAGACCCCGUUUACGGCUACGAAGAUGCGAUGAAGCUAGCGUGUCAUAUUACCAUUAACACUAAUUUUCUGAAAGACGGAUUGAUGAGCAACUUGAAGGAAACCAUAGAGAAACAUAACGAGUCGCUGGGAAGAAACAGCACGUACGAGAUUACUCGCAAAAUCACACGUCUUCCUAAGUACUUGAACAUACAUUUUGUUCGGUUCUUCUGGAAAAGAGACACCGGAAAGAAGUCGAAGAUCCUGCGGAAAGUCCAAUUUCCAUUUCAAUUGGACUUGAUAGACCUUGUUGACGAGGGAAUCAAGGAAGAUAAGGCAAAGAUAAGAGAUGCUAUUUAUAAGGUUGAGAAGCAGAAUGAAGAGGAGAGCAGAGCUUUCAAGAAGACCAAGAAAUCUGCAGAUCUUACUACAAGAGAGCAAUAUGCUCAGCAAAAAGAAGAGCUUGAGAAACUUAGACAGAAAUGGACAGACAACUUCAAAACUGCUCUGCCCGACUCAUACGACCCUUCCUCUGGCGAAAAUCCUUCGUCUCUGUAUGAGCUGAUCAGCGUGAUUGCCCAUCAGGGUUCAUCUGCCGACUCUGGCCACUACCAAUGUUUUGCCAAGGACCAGCAGGAUCCGACGGGCGAGAACUGGUACAAAUUCAAUGACGAUAAGGUGACUGUAGUGAGUCGCGACAAGAUCGAGGCUCUCGCCGGUGGUGGAGAGGGUGACUCUGCUCUGAUUUUGAUGUACAAGGCCGUUGGAAUAUAA